CCUGGCUCGCCCAUGGCUAGCAACAACACGGCUAGCAUUGCGCAAGCCCGCAAGCUGGUGGAGCAGCUGAAGAUGGAAGCCAACAUCGACAGGAUAAAGGUGUCAAAAGCGGCAGCAGACCUGAUGGCGUACUGCGAAGCCCACGCCAAGGAAGACCCUCUAUUGACCCCCGUCCCGGCCUCAGAAAACCCCUUUAGAGAGAAGAAGUUCUUCUGCGUGAUCCUGUAAACCCCUCGAGGAGCCUGACCGGCACUCAGGCCACCCUGAACACUGAUGUAGAGAUUUUAGGAACGGGGGACAACCUGCUAGUCUGCAGAAUUUAAACAAAAAUAAGUAAAAUAACACGGCCUGGAAGCUCCAGAGAUGUGCAUAUUUAAAGAACCUGGCCACCUUUUGGGGGAAUAAGAUGAUCUGCAUUGCGAGGCAAAAGAUCUGAAGUCUGUAGAGUUGCCUAGAAAGAAAAAAAAUAAUAA